GAACUCAUACGGUUAGCAUAUAUACUGUUCUGGAUAACUAGUUGCCUUCGAUUUGGCGUCUGUAAGAAGUGCCUGUUGCUCGUUGCCCGUUCUUUGCUGUGUAAUAGUAGAGAUGCAUUGAACACGUCGCUCUCAUGGCACCUUGUGAAGCGGGUAUUGCAGCUACUCACAACGGGCAAGCCAGUGCUGGUCUAGUAAACCAGCGUCACGAUGCAGAGGGUGACGCCGAGCGCGAAAAGAAGAUAAGGAAGGCUAAGCGAGCGGCCAGGAGCGAGCUUAGCAUAAGCAAAGGAGAUUGGUAUAAGCAUGGCUUCGCGAACUCGGACAUCUGCAGCACCAGCGGCCUGGUGGAUAGCAUCCCGCGCAUCCAUUGGAAGGACCUGACCGUUGAGGAGUUCAUCGAGCGCUUCGAGCGGCCCCGUAUCCCCGUCGUCAUCACCGGCCUGGCAGACCACUGGCCCGCAACCACAGCAUGGACACCCGAACGGAUGCGGCAGCUGUACGGCGACCAUAAGUUUAAGGUUGGCUCCGAUGACGAUGGUUAUGCGGUGCGGCUGCGGCUUGCCUGGUACCUGGACUAUGUGGCCGACCCGGAGCACGGCGGCCGGGACGACUCGCCGCUGUACAUCUUCGACGGCACGUUUGCGGACCGGGAGGGCAGCAAGGCCAUGCGGAAGGACUACGAGGUGCCCGACUACUUCCGAGAGGACCUGUUCGGACUGGUGGGCGAGAAGCGCAGACCGCCGUACAGGUGGUUGGUCAUGGGCCCAGCUCGCAGUGGCACGGGUCUACACAUCGACCCGCUGGCAACCAGCGCUUGGAACACGUUGCUGACGGGUCACAAGCGCUGGGCGCUGUUCCCGCCUGGCACGCCGCGCUGUCACGUGCUGCCUCGCGAGCAGGGUGUGGAGCGGGAGGCGGUCAGCUGGUUCAGCAAGGUGUACCCCCGGUGCCUCCGCCCCGACUGGCCCACCGCCCCCGUGGUGGACCUGCUGCAGGGGCCGGGCGAGACGGUGUUUGUGCCGGGCGGCUGGUGGCACGCGGUGCUCAACCUGGACGACACGGUGGCGGUGACGCAGAACUACGUGGGCAGCGCUAACUUUGAGCGGGUGUGGAAGCACACGGUCAAGGGGCGGCCCAAGAUGUCCCGCAAGUGGCUGGCGGCGCUGGAGCGCAAGCGACCCGACCUGGCCGUCAUAGCGCAUGGCAUCCAGCAGCGGGGGGAGGUGGACUGCGACACGGGGAGCAGCAGCAGCAGCAGCUCCUCUUCCUCCUCGUCCAGUAGCAGCAGCGGCAGCGGGAGUGACAGCGACAGUGAGGUGAGCAGUCGCAGGAAACAAGAGGCUGAUGCUGUUGCUGCGGUGGCGGCGGUGGCGGCGCCCGUGGCAGCGGCAUCUGCAGCUGCACCGGGAGGACGACAGUUGGGAGGCCUGGCAGAGGGUCGCAGCACCGAAGCGGAUGCGGCGGUGCGUCGCUGCAUGGAAGGGGACAAGGCGGCCUCCCCGCUCCCUCACGCGGGCGCUUCGGGUGCUUCUGCCGUACUAGUAAAGGACAUAGAGGCGAGGCAGGCGGCCCGUGUGGCAGAAGGCGGUAGCAGCAAACGCGCCCGUCCAUGUACCUCGGCACAUGACCGCGACGCAGGUCCCCAUGCCGGCCUGGGCACUGCCGGCGAUCGAGGCUUCAGGUCAAGCAGCGCAUACGCCGCCGACCGCCACACCUGCCAGGAGGCGAGUCGAAAACGAGGCCGAAGCCGCAGUCGCAGCCGUAGCAGAGGCCCCUCUGAGCGCAGCUGGGGUCGAGGAGGUUGCGGCUGCGGUUGCAGCCGGGAACGUAACCGCAGCCGGAGCCGGGGGCGUGACCGGGGUCGCGAUCGUGAUCGUGAUCGGGGUGAAGAGCCGGAGGCGGAGGGUUAUUACAGGGGGGGCGCGCGGUACGACAGCGACGUUGUGAACGACAGCAAGCGAGGUUGCGAUGCAAGGCAGGGCGCACGCGAGCGGUAUGGUGAUAGAGGACGGAGCAGUCGCAGCAGGAGUGGGAGCAGGAGGCGUGGCAGGAGUGGGAGCAGG